CAACAUCUUCAAUGUAAGCUAAGAAGAGACGGAUGACAUAAAUUUUUAUUUUUUAUUUUUCAACCUGUUAAAAAAAUAGCCAAGCGCGUUCUUCUUAUGUCGAUUAGAUUUUAACUGAAAAGAUGUACACUCGCCUCUUUCAGAAAGGUAAAAGAUCCAGGUUCGAUUCACAUUCGCUACUCAUUCUUACAGAAUGAAUGAAUGAAUGCUGCCAGAGAAAGCCCUUUGUAUGCUGUCUGUUGCAGAUAUAAUUAAUUUAGCGUUCCGGGGGUAAAUUUUAAUUCCACAAAAAAUGGUGAAAGUUCGCAUGAAUACUGCCGAUGUGGCGGCAGAAGUGAAGUGCCUCCGAAAACUCAUUGGAAUGCGCUGCUCUAAUGUCUACGAUUUAUCGCCUAAGACAUAUAUGUUCAAGCUUAUGAAGAGCAGUGGGGUUACAGAAUCUGGUGAGAGUGAGAGAACAUUGUUGCUUGUUGAAAGUGGUAUACGGUUGCAUACAACAGUUUUUGUUCGGGACAAAAGUAUGACUCCUUCAGGGUUUACUCUGAAAUUACGAAAGCAUAUAAGGACACGAAGGCUUGAAGACGUUCGUCAACUUGGAACUGAUCGUGUUGUUGAUUUUCAGUUUGGGCUUGGUACAAAUGCACAUCAUAUCAUUCUUGAACUUUAUGCUCAAGGAAACCUUCUCUUGACUGAUUCGGACUAUAAUGUUCUUACACUAUUGAGAACGCACAGGGAUGAUGAGAAAGGUUUGACUAUGAUGCCACAUCAUUGCUAUCCUGUUGACAUGUGCCGACCUUUUAAGAGAACGAGCUUUGAGAUGUUGCAAACAAUUCUAAGCAAUUUAAGAAAAUCUGAAUCUGAAGGUUCAUUUCAAGGCAAAGUUGCAGAAGGUGGCAUUAAUCCUCAAGUUUCAUCAUCAUUUACAAAAGAGCCACGAAAAGAUAGCAUGCAGAAAACUUCUCAAGAACCAAGUUCAGAAAAACCAGAUAAUGAUAGUAGCAGAGGAGGAAAGAAAAUUACUUUGAAGACUGUCUUGGGAGAUAAUCUAGGUUAUGGACCUGCACUUUCAGAGCAUAUAAUAUUAGAUGCUGGUUUGCAACCAAACAUGAAAAUUGACUCUAGUAUCCUAGAAAAUUUCAAUAAUGAUAGAUUGCAAGACUUGGCUGCUGCUGUUGCACGGUUUGAGGACUGGAUGGAGGAGGUCAUAACAGGUACAAAUGUACCAGAAGGUUAUAUUAUUAUGCAGAAGAAUAUGCCUGGGAAAAGGGAAGGCUUGCAACAUGAAGAAAGGAAGUUGGAGAAGGUUUAUGAAGAAUUUUCUCCACUGUUGCUACAUCAAGUUGAAACACGGGACUUUGUGAAGUUUGGAACAUUUGAUGAAUCAAUGGAUGAAUUUUUCAGUAAAAUAGAGAGUCAACGAGCAGAGCAACAACAGAGAGCUCAAGAGGACUCAGCAAUGCAAAAGCUUAAUAAGAUCCGUUUGGAUCAGGAAAAUCGUGUGCAAGCUUUGAAAAAGGAAGUUGAUCAUUCUAUAAGGAUGGCAGAGCUUAUUGAGUACAACCUUGAAGAUGUUGAUGCAGCUAUCCUUGCUGUUCGUGCAGCCCUUGCUAGUGGGAUGAACUGGAAAGAUCUUGAACGAAUGGUUAAAGAAGAGAGAAAAGCUGGCAAUCCUGUAGCAGGCUUGAUCCACAGUCUGCAGCUUGAGAGGAACUGCAUUACUUUGCUACUGAGCAAUAAUCUUGAUGAUAUGGAUGAAGAUGAGAAGACACAACCAGCAAAUAAGGUUGAAAUUGAUUUAGCACUAUCAGCACAUGCAAAUGCACGUCGAUGGUUUGAAACAAAGAAAAAACAAGCAAGCAAGCAGGAGAAAACACUUACAUCACAUGCAAAAGCUUUUAAAGCUGCAGCGAAAAAGUCUCAACAACAGCUGUCACAGGCUAAAACUAUUGCCACAAUCUCACAUAUUCGUAAGGUUCAUUGGUUUGAGAAAUUUAAUUGGUUUAUAAGUAGUGAGAAUUAUAUGGUCAUCAGUGGUCGUGAUGCACAACAGAAUGAGUUGAUUGUCAAGCGAUACAUGAAAAAAGGAGAUUUGUACGUGCAUGCAGAACUACAUGGAGCUUCUAGUACUGUGAUCAAGAAUCAUAUUCCAGAUCAUCCAAUUCCACCACUCACACUUAAUCAGGCUGGAUGUUUUACUGUAUGCCACAGCCAAGCAUGGGAUUCAAAAAUUAUCACAAGCGCUUGGUGGGUGCAUCCUCACCAAGUGAGUAAGACGGCACCAACAGGAGAGUAUCUUACUGUCGGAAGUUUUAUGAUUAGGGGAAGGAAAAAUUUUCUUCCACCUCAUCCUCUUAUCAUGGGUUUCGGUAUCUUAUUUCGGCUAGAUGAGAGUUCAUUAGGAUCACAUUUAAAUGAACGCCGUGUAAGAAUUGAGAAUGAAGAUCUGGAAUCUGUAAGGGACAGGGAAGAAAUCCAUGAAACUUCAGCAGGGCGACACUCUGACAUGUCAGACAAUGAACUUGCUUCCGAAGGAGAUGGUAGUAUGGAUGAGGAUUCAAAUACAGGUUCAAAGUUAUCAGAAAAUAUAGAUAGUGCUGAUAAUCUAGCAAAUUCUGCUGGAAAUGGUGAGGCUAAUGGAAUUUCGGGUAUGUCAACAAGUGCAGAAGGAAAUGAAAUAGUAGGAGCCUUAGCUAUAGAUCAGCAAGAUAAUAAAUUUUCCACUGCAGACUACAACGAAGUCUCUUUCAAUGACAAUGAAGAAAAUGAAAUCUAUCAGAAUUCAUCGAAACUUGAUGAGCUAAUGGACAAAGCACUAGCACUUGGAUCUAUUAAGAUGUCAGGCAAAGAACAGUUCAAUAAAUAUGGGCUUGAAACUGACCAAACAGUUGCAGAAGCAGAGAAUAUUCAUGAAGUCAAUCAUUCAAAUAAAUCCACACAGAGAGAAAAGCCCUAUUUGUCAAAGGCAGAACGAAGAAAACUAAAGAAAGGAACACAGAUUAAUUCUUCAAAUAGAGAAGACCAAGAACUGUAUGAAGAAACUUUAGAGAGUGAAGAGUUAGGUAGUCAACAUGGACAAGUUGAAGGGGACACUAGUGAUGAAAAGCAGGACAUGACGGUACCAUCUGGAAAGGUAGGUCGUGGUCGAAAGGGAAAAUUAAAAAAGAUCAAGCAAAAGUAUGCUGAACAAGAUGAAGAAGAAAGACAACUUCGUAUGGCAUUGCUAGCUUCUGCAGGAAAAAGUUCCAAAGAGAAAGGAGAAGCAAAAAAAGAUAAAGAAGUUACACUGACGACAAAAGGAGUUGAAAGAACUGCUGGUGAGCCUGAUUUUGCAAAGAUUUGCUAUAAAUGCAAGACGUCAGGUCAUGUUGCCCGAGAUUGCCCAGGAUUUAUUGAGGAAGCUAAUGAACCUGUCAUGAGCUCCAGCCAGCACAAUAAUAAUAUAAUGUCCAAGGUUGAUCCAGAAGCAAAUACAGGAAGGAAGACACUAACUGAGAGUGAAAGAGAAAUCUUUGAGGAGGAUGAUAUUCACGAGUUAGCUGAAGAUGAAAAAGAAAAGUCGACUGAGCUGGAUACAUUAACUGGAAAUCCUCUACCAAAUGACAUUUUGCUUUAUGCCGUGCCUGUUUGUGCACCGUACAAUGUCUUGCAAUCAUACAAGUACCAUGUUAAGUUAACUCCAGGAACAGCAAAAAAGGGAAAAGGGGCUAAAACUGCAAUGAACUUGUUUGCUCAUAUGCAAGCUUCAACACCUAGAGAGAAGGAGCUCAUGAAAGCUGUCACUGAACCUGAGCUUGUGGCAGUAAUGCUAGGGAAUGUGAAGAUUACUGCCGCCGGCCUUACUCAAUUAAAACAGCAGCAGAAGAAAGGGAAAAAGCCUUCUUCGUCAAAUUUUUAAUUUGUAGACACAAACAAUUUCAGCAGAUGGGGAAUAAUCCUGCUAAAGACAAAGCAAAAUAAGAGCUGCGGUGCUUUUAUAUACACAUUGUGGGCUGACUUAAAAAGAUAGAAAGAAUUCCUGUUUGUGUGAGCAAAGGAAGAAAGAUGGCUUCAGUCUACAAGCAUAGUAGUGAAGUAAAAAAAGACCAAAAAUGAAGUCCCUUAUCCAGCUUCUUUCUGUGAGAGUGAACAGUGUCCAAAUCAGAGGGAUAUUAUGUAUGUAUCUCUCAAUUCAGCAGGAAAUUGAAAGUAUCAGUCAAUUCAGCAGGAAACUGAAAGAUGUGGUAAUGUAAGCUGAAUUCACAUGUUUGGUGAAAUGUUAAUGAGAGUUAUAUAGCUGUGAUACCAUCAUACAAUAUAGUGAAGCCUUUAUUCAGAGUUAUUUUUUAAUGGAUGUUAAAAAUUUUGAAGUCAAAUCUUACAAAUACAGGAAUGGAAGGGGAUGGGAAUGUGGAGCUGGGGGUGAGAAUGCAUCCGUGUAUCUCUGUGUUAAAGUUAAAUCUUAAAUAUAAAAGGAAAAGCAAAUUUGUCUUUUUGGAUCUGGAACUAAAUUGUAUUGCACUAUAAUAAUAUUUAUUACAUCAAGAGUGUGUCUACUAAGUUUUGAAUUAAAUGGUAUUAUUUCAGGCA